AUGUGGCAAACAUUGCCGUUUGCGUUGUCCUUGGUGUUGGCCUUGCUGCCGAUUGCCACUGCGGACGGAACAGGUACUUUCACGGUGGUACCCACCCAAGUCGCUUCACUUCGUGGCAGGAGUAUUCCAAUAAGUGAGGAUGGAGGUAGAUCGCUGGAAACCCCGGAUGCUGUGGAACCACUGGACAUGCCGGACGCUUCGGGCCUCAUGCUGAACCACGUUGUGUCACACUUCUUCCGCGAUGUUGAAGCAGUGAACAGCCAGGAAGGCAGGCCGAUGCGUUUGCAGGUGGUAUCUGCGUCCUUCACCAUCCUGAUCUAUGCCAUGAUCGUACGGCGAUCCUUGCAAUCUCGGCCCGGGAGCCGUUCUGUGAUCUUCGUUCCGAAGGUUUCUGUGGCGCGGGAGGUCUGCAAAGAACUGGAGACUUGCCACUUGCGCACCAACUUGAUCAGCGGCAAGGACUUCAAGCCAUGUUCGCCUGUUAGAAUGUGCGUAGCUGGGCAUUCUUGGACCUGA